AUGGCCCACAAUACAGAACUAGUUCUUGGUUUGAUUGAUAAACAUACUGGUCAAGACUGUCGCUGUCUAAUGUUACAUGGAGCUUUGGCAGAAAUACUCACCUCAUGCAAAAAUGACAGCAUCGAAACAAAUGUAUUCAGCGAUGAAAAUGAAUGUGCGGAAUAUUUACAAAGAAACAGCAAGAAACGAAUAGUUUUAAUCGCAGUCGACCAGUCGUAUGAAGAUUUUCUGCAGGACAUCAUUCGAAAUUAUCCAGAUGUGUUUGUUAAACCACCAUCAGAAUGUGCACGAAUCUCCCUCUAUAUGCUGUGCUGUGCCAGUAGCGGUAAGAGAAAAAGCCGACUUGAAGAUGAUCAACUGCAUACAAAAAUCUUUGAAACUGAGGCCGCUCUUUUGGCUCAACUAAUGAUCGAUAUUGGAGAUCAUUUCGGCUGCCUUGGCCAAAAUCAAUUCAAUAAAAAAACCUGUAAAUCGGUUACCGAAGCAGUAAAAUAUUUUUCCCAGGCAAAUACAUUCUUCAUACGAUCAACUGGUUAUCAAAGAUCAAUGGCAGCCGAUGGUCGCAAGGCGAUCAUUGACAAGCAGAUAACAAAGGCGGGUCAACUACUCGAAAAGGUAAGAAAUGACACCAUUAAUCUAUCUAUUGCUUAUGUAGACACACCUAUUGCAAAUGAUACAUCAUUAAUUGACUGUAAUCCCGAUGAUGUAUGCGACUAUCACACACUUCUGAGUCAGAAUAAUACUCCGGCGAGCAGGCAUGAAAUCUUUCCACCGACGUACGUCCACUCAACUGCAUCGGGUCACGCAGAAGGAACAGACGACAAUUCCAAUGAUUAUAUUUACAUUGUUGGAGAUUCGCUUCCUGAAGAAACUUCUAAACACCUUCUCACAGUCUUGAGAUCAAUUUUGACCACAAGUCAAAUAGUUGUCCAGAAUAGACAACACUAUCCGCAGUUGUUAAAUGUACUCGAUAGGCCAACGGUUGUUCUCUCCCUUACAACUGAUGAUGACAAGUCGCUGUUGGAAAAACUAUGUUCACGCAGUCGACCUCCGGCAAUUUAUGUGCUAGGAUCACAACCAAGUACUCAAAAUGAAAAGGAAACGUUUUUCAGAAAAUACUUUGCCAUUUGCUACAUGUCUACUAAUCCAGAAGAGUUGGCUGUUCGAAUAGCAAUUGAUAUGGCACUGCAAAAUCGAAUCUUGGGCGAUCGACAUGCUCAAAAGAAGGAUAAGAGAAAUGCAAAGAGAAACUAUAAUCAAUGCAUUGGAAUCUUAAAUGAACUGAAUAGUUUUGCUGAAAGCCGAGUUGCUGGCCACAAUGGCUAA